AUGGAGCUGGAUCCAAAGAACUAUGUUGAGUUAUUGGAAAAAAUUGAAGCUGAAGCUGAUGAGGUUCUACUAGCUCAAUAUCAGAUGGUGGAGAAUGACAGGGAGAGGAAUGUGAACAGAGAGGCUCUUACAGCACUUAGGAAGAGAGCUCAGACAACAAAGACUAGUGUUCUUUCUCCUUUCGAUUCUGUGAUGAAAGAUGUCCGUGGGAGCUCAACGGAACAACCUGUGGUCAAAGAAGUUUGCUCUACAUGUGGAUCCCAUGGCUCCAACGAACCCACUUGGAUGAUUAUCCCAGGAGCUGAUCUUUUCGCUGCAGUACCGUUUCAUGUUGUGCACACAAUGCUAGAGAAAGAUGGAAAGAAAAUGGAGUUUGAAGCGACGAAAUUGCAGACCUUAAUGAAGGAAAAGACUCUUUGCUUAUCAGAACUUAGGGCUCUUGGUGAUAGUAUUCCUCCAGGCAUUAUCAGAUCGUGGGUCACGUUAGAGGACAAACCUAAAGUUAAGUAGAACAAUGCUGGUUUUGUCGUU